CCUAUCAUUCCUUUCUCGUAUCCGGGCCAACUCCUGGUGGUUGGUCUCCUCACCCUUCAGCUAGCUCCUUCCUACGAGCAGAGGUCAACUACCCGCACGCCGGCCAAUCACCUUCAUAGCCAGAGAUCACAGCGCAGUGAGACAUGGAGAUGGCCGCGGUGACGAGGGAUGGAAAGAAUGGCGGCGUCCCAGAAUGGCGGGUGACGGUGCCGGAGGGCGCGUCGGUGACGCUGGAGCACGAGGCCUGCCUAGCCGCGCGGGCAUGGGCGUGGAUGGUUUCUUGUGUGGUCGUGCUUGGGGAGAAGGUGUCCGGCUUCGCCAAGCGGAUAUGGAAGAUCGGCGCCGACGAUCCCCGGCGGGCGGUGCACGGCCUCAAGGUGGGCCUCGCGCUCGCGCUGGUCUCGGUGUUCUACUACACCAGGCCCCUGUACGACGGCGUUGGCGGCGCCGCCAUGUGGGCCAUCAUGACGGUCGUCGUGAUCUUCGAGUACACCGUUGGUGGCUGUGUGUACAAGGGGUUCAACCGAGCCGCCGCGACGGUCAGCGCCGGCGCGAUCGCGCUCGGCGUCCACUGGAUCGCGGCCAACGCCGGCCACGAGUUCGAGCCGUUCAUCCGCAGUGGCUCGGUUUUCCUGCUCGCUUCCAUGGCGACGUUCUCGCGGUUCAUACCCACGGUGAAGGCGCGGUUCGACUACGGCGUCACCAUCUUCAUCCUGACGUACAGCCUGGUGGCCGUGUCGGGGUACCGCGUGGAGGCGCUCCUGGCGAUGGCGCAGCAGCGGGUCUGCACCAUCGGCAUCGGCGUCUUCAUGUGCCUCUCCGUCUGCGUGCUCAUCUGCCCCGUGUGGGCGGGGCAGGAGCUGCACCGCCUCACCGUGCGCAACAUGGAUAAGCUCGCCGGCGCCGUGGAGGCCUGCGUCGAGGACUACUUCGCGGAGCAGGCGGACGGCAAGCAGCAGCCGCCGUCCGCCGGGGCGGACGGGUACAAGUGCGUGCUCAACUCCAAGGCGUCCGAGGACUCGCAGGCCAACCUGGCGCGGUGGGAGCCCGCGCACGGCAGGUUCGGCUUCCGCCACCCGUACGAGCAGUACAAAAACGUCGGCGCCGCCAUGCGGCACUGCGCCUACUGCGUGGAGGCCCUGAGCGGGUGCGUCCGCUCAGAGAUCCAGGCGCCCGAGCACGUCAAGCGGCACCUCGCCGACGGCUGCACGACGGUGGCGGCGCGGUGCGCGCGGGUGCUCGGGGAGGCCGCGAGCUCCGUCAGCGCAAUGACUACGUCGUGGAGCCUCGAGUUCGCCGUGGCCGACAUGAACACCGCCGUGCAGGAGCUCCAGAGCGACCUGAGGGAGCUCCCGUCCAAGCUGGCCGAGGAGUCGCCUGCGACGGUGAUCGACGCCGUGCAGCUCUUCACGGUCACUUCGCUGCUGAUAGAGGUGUCCACCAGGGUGGAGGGCGUCGUGGACGCGGUCGACACGCUCGCGAGCCUCGCCGCCUUCAGAUCAGCGGACGCGAAACCUGAAGCUUCAGAAACCGAAACCAAAGCGAUCAAUCCAGACUCGGACGAGGAAGCACACUGAGCAGGAUUAUUAAUCGGAUCAGGAUGCAGGUCGGAAUUGAUCCCAGCCAGAUGAGUGGAGCCGGGCAGAUUAAACUGGUUCCACGAUGGCGUUCGAGUGAGCUGACACAUCAUUCUUUAUCUGAUUAUUCCUGCUCGCAGCAUGUGUCAUUUCAAUCCCGAUUGAUCUCCAGCGGUGACAGAGUGGCCGAAUUAGAUCAGUGGCGAAUAAAAAAACACGUGAACACUUGGCCCAGGUCAUUUAGUACGUGCAUAAUAAGUCCCCUCCCAAAAAAAAUCUACCUGCAGUAAUUCAGUAAGUGUUUAGGAAAUCUACAAUACAGAGUGAUUACAAUGU